UCGCAGUGUCCGCCUCCGCCUCCAUCGUCGUCGGGGGAGGGGCCGCUCGGACCCCGGGGUCACUGCCGAGGAAUGAGGAGAGGCGGCCGGGCCCCGCGCUCCGCCCCGGCCUAGAGCCUUGCCCUGAGAGUCGCGAGGUGCACCAGCCUGUGGAGAAAUCGCAAGACUAUGGCGGGGUUCUGCUCAAAAGCUUGUGGGCAAAAUCUGGAUUUUGAUCUAUGUUCUGCUCACAUCCUGCUGCCUGAGAGUACUUGAUGAUCCCAUGACCCUGGACAUGGAUGCUGUCCUGUCGGAUUUUGUCCGUUCCACAGGUGCAGAGCCAGGGCUGGCCCGAGAUCUUCUGGAAGGAAAAAACUGGGAUGUGAGUGCUGCCCUCAGUGAUUUUGAACAGCUACGUCAAGUCCAUGCUGGGAACCUGUCCGCACCCUUUAGUGGAGAGAGUAGUUGCUCUAAGACCCCUGAAAAAGGGUGUGCUGAGAGAGAGCCCACUCGCCCUUCUCGACCAAUCCUACAGAGACAGGAUGACAUCAUUCAAGAAAAACGCCUGUCUAGGGGCAUCUCCCACGCCAGCUCCAGCAUUGUUUCCCUGGCCCGGUCCCAUGUCUCCUCCAAUGGUGGGGGUGGGGGGAGCAGUGAGCACCCCCUGGAAAUGCCCAUCUGUGCCUUCCAGCUUCCAGAUCUAACUGUGUACAAAGAAGAUUUCCGAAGCUUCAUAGAGAGGGACCUCAUUGAGCAGUCCAUGCUGGUCGCCUUGGAACAGGCAGGGCGUUUGAACUGGUGGGUCAGUGUGGACUCCGCCUGUCAGAGGCUGCUUCCUUUAGCAACUACUGGAGAUGGGAACUGCCUGCUGCAUGCAGCCUCUCUUGGGAUGUGGGGUUUCCAUGAUAGAGACUUGGUGCUGAGGAAAGCUCUGUAUGCACUGAUGGAGAAGGGCGUGGAGAAGGAAGCAUUGAAAAGGCGCUGGAGAUGGCAGCAGACGCAGCAGAAUAAAGAGUCAGGACUGGUCUAUACCGAAGAUGAAUGGCAGAAGGAAUGGAAUGAACUCAUCAAGCUUGCCUCAAGUGAGCCCAGAAUGCAUCUGGGCACCAAUGGAGCCAGUGGUGGUGGAGUGGAGAGCUCAGAGGAGCCGGUGUAUGAGAGCCUGGAGGAGUUCCAUGUCUUUGUCCUCGCUCAUGUGCUCAAGAGGCCCAUAGUGGUCGUAGCAGACACCAUGCUGAGGGACUCCGGAGGGGAAGCAUUUGCCCCUAUUCCAUUUGGAGGGAUCUACCUCCCGCUGGAGGUCCCAGCUAGCCAGUGUCACCGGUCCCCUCUGGUGCUCGCCUAUGAUCAGGCCCACUUCUCUGCACUUGUGUCGAUGGAGCAGAAGGACAGUGCCAGGGAGCAAGCUGUGAUCCCGCUCACAGACUCAGAGCAUAAGCUGCUGCCCCUGCACUUUGCUGUGGACCCAGGAAAGGGCUGGGAGUGGGGCAAAGAUGACAAUGACAAUGUCCGAUUGGCCAGUAUAAUUUUGUCCCUGGAGGUCAAAUUACAUCUGCUGCACAGCUAUAUGAAUGUGAAGUGGAUCCCACUGUCGUCUGAUGCCCAGGCUCCUCUGGCCCAGCCCGAGUCCCCCACAGCCUCAGCUGGAGAUGAGCCCAGGUCCACUCCUGAGUCUGGGGAAUCCGACAAGGAGUCAGUUGGCAGCAGUUCUACCGGCAAUGAGGGCAGCAGGCGGAAGGAGAAGUCAAAGCGAGACCGGGAGAAGGACAAGAAGAGAGCAGAUUCCGUGGCUAACAAGCUGGGCAGCUUUGGCAAAACCCUGGGUAGCAAGCUUAAGAAGAACAUGGGGGGCCUGAUGCAUGGCAAGGGCCCCAAGCCUGGGGGGCUGGGGAGUGGGUCUGGGACAAGCAGCGGUGCAGAAACACUAGACAAGAAGAAGAAGAGCAGUUCUCUGAAGAGCUGGAAAGGUGGCAAGGAGGAGGCAGCCGGGGACGGUCCGGUGUCUGAGAAGCCGCCGCCCGAGACUGUUGGCAGCGCAGGGAGCAAGUACAGCCAGGAGGUGAUGCAGAGCCUGAGCAUUAUGAGGAUCGCGAUGCAAGGGGAGGGCAGAUUUAUUUUUGUUGGAGCCCUGAAGAUGGGCCACCGGCACCAAUAUCAGGAGGAGAUGAUCCAGCGCUACCUUGCAGAUGCCGAGGAGAGAUUCCUGGCAGAGCAGAAGCAGAAGGAGGCUGAAAGGAAGAUCGUGAAUGGAGGGCUAGUUAGUGGGCCUCCUCCAGCCAAAAAGCCCGAGCCAGAUGGUGGCGAGGACCAGCCCAGUGACUCUGCAGCAGAGUCCAAGGCACUGGCAUUCUCUACUGGUUACCCUGGGGGCUUUACUAUCCCUCGACCCUCUGGGGGUGGAGUCCACUGCCAGGAGCCCCGGAGGCAGUUGGCAGGGGGUCCCUGUGUAGGUGGCUUUCCGCCAUAUGCCACCUUCCCCAGACAGUACCCUCCUGGGCGACCCUAUCCCCACCAGGACAGCAUCCCAUCUCUGGAGCCAGGCAAAGAUGGCGUUCACAGGGGUGCCUUGUUACCACCCCAGUUCCGUGUGGCUGAUUCCUAUAGCAAUGGCUACAGAGAGCCCCCUGAGCCAGAUGGAUGGGCUGGAGGUCCGCGGGGGAUUCCCCCAACCCAGACCAAAUGCAAACAACCGAACUGCAGCUUCUAUGGACACCCCGAGACAAACAACUUCUGCUCUUGCUGUUACAGGGAAGAACUGAGGAGGAGGGAACGGGAACCCGGUGGGGAACUGCUGCACAGGUUCUGAAUGAUAGAACCUCAGCCGGAAAGGGGCUAAACAAAGUUAAGCUCAAUCUGGCUCCAAGACCCAGCCCCUAUGUUGAUGGGGCAAGUGCAGGAAUGUUUGUGGGGGCUGGAGUGCUGGCAGGCUGGCGAGAGCAGGACAGGGCUAGUACUACCUCGAGGGCUGUACUACUCUACUCGCAGAGUUUGAGGCAGAAGGGGAGACUAGCUCAGAGCCUCUUGCGCCCGCCCGGUCCCAGGGCCCAAGGGAAAGUAGGGAAAUAAUUGGUGUGUGUGGGUGGGAGGUGGGUGGAGUCUUGGGGGAGGAGCCUGGAAAAAGGUUCUCAGUCAAGGAAAAAACAGACCAAAGUUCAUUGGCUUUAGAAAAAAAGCACACGGUGGUGGAGUUGGGAGUAUAGGGCGAAUCUGAGAUACUGAGCAAUUUUGAUCUUGGUUUGAAUUAGGUAGGUGUCAGGCUUGGGUAAAUUCUCCUUUCGGAAGGGUCAGGCAGUGUGUGCUUGGCCUAGUUAGAAAGGGUAGGAGAGGGAGGAACUUGAAGGGGGAUUCUUUUCCUAGUAAGUUUUAUGUUCUUCUAGAUAGUCAUCUGUCAUUCAUCCAAGUUUUAGGGGAGAUUGCCUGUUACCCCCAUAUUUUCCUCCUUUUUGAGGACUGACUGAGCUCAGCUAAGAAGUUGUGAUAAAAAAGAAGUUUUUAAGAGCAAGUCUUCUUGGGGAGAGAGAAGGGUGGUGAGCAGUCUCGUGUGCAGCUCUCUUCAGGUGAUAGGUGCAGAGUGAUCUGUUUUUAACUACUUAGCAAUAACUAAGCGUGGGUUCGAGUGCACUGAAGAGGGCGGGAGAACUCGGCCACGAGGUCGGCCAGACUGUUUGAAACAAAACCAAAAACCUAGAUAGAACACUCCUCUGCUGCUGCAUUUCUGUAGAAAGCAACUUAUUUUACUGACUAAUUUUUUAAAGGAAAAGAAAUAAGACCCUGAGCAAAAAAAAAAAAAUUUAAAAUUACUUACUCCCCAGCACCAUUUAAGUGAUUUUUUUUUCUCCUUCCUGUCUACUUCUGGAGAAUGAAGUUAACAUCCUGGCUUCUUUUGUUAAGCCAUAGCUGAGCUUAAUCUAUGGUUAGUUUAUUAAAAUAAUAAAAAUACUUUGUAAGAAGAAUUAUUUUUGAUAUCAGGGUUGGAUAUUAGGGUUGGUGUUGAAGCCUGGGAUGGGGCUAGGGGCCAUUUAUAAAGAUAGCUAGAGAAAUAUAUUUUAGUGAACCAUAGCCACAGGCCCAGAUUAGUCCCAGUGAGCUGAUCUGCCUUUGGAUCCCUCCCUUUUCCUGAGCCAACCCUGUUCUCCAGAGGGGUGGGAAUGACCCCAGUGCUGAGAGCUCCCUUGCAGUUUGCACAAAGCACAAGUCUGGACAGCGUAUUCUCUGACCAGAGCCAUUUCUAAGAGCUUUACACCAGAGGACUAGCCUUCACCGAUUGUCCUUUUUCCUUACAUUGUUUUUCUGGGGGAAAUCAUCUAUGCAAUUGCGUGCACUUGUGGCUGAAGUGGUGUGAAGAAGGGUGUGAGGGUGCUUCUUUGUUCAGAGUGUUGACUGUGCUUUGUUUUCUUUGCCGAGGUUAGGCCAUCACUUACUAAUGGAGUGUAACCCCACAUUUGAUCCGAGUCACAAAUGACGCUGUGUGUGUGUGUGUGUGUGUGUGAGAGAGAGAGAGAGAGAGACAGAGAGAGAGAGAGACAGAGAGAGAGAGAGAGACAGAGAGAGAGAGAGACAGAGAGAGAGAGUCCUGUCUGCAUGUUCCUUCUGCCUAGUCAGGAAAAUGAUCACACACACCUCCCCUUGGUAGCAAAGCUAGUUAAGAAUUCCUGUUGAAAUUACUUAGUUUAGGAAGGCUCCCCCCCAAAAAAAUCUGAAAGUAUCUCACUUCCAUAUCUGCCAAUCUGUUGAUGUAGUAAUUUCCCAUCAUAAUUUUUAGAUAAUUUUUGUUUGUUUCUUUGCUAUGAAGCCCUGGCUGGCCAGCCUGGUACUUGCUAUAUGUAGUCCAGGCUAGCCUCCACCUUAUAGCCACCCUCCUGCCUUAGUCUUUGGAGUUGUGGGGUCUGAGUAUGAGUCACCACACCCAGGUUUCUUUAGGCUGGAGCCUAAUCUGAGACAAGCAUUUCUGGCAGGUGUCUAAUUUAAAGGUCUAUACAGAAAUUAAAGGCUUUUUUUGUUUUUGUUUUUGUUUUUCUUAGUUGGGUCCUAUUCUGUAGCCUAGGCUGGCCUCAAAUGUGUGACCAUCUUGCUUCAGCUUCCCAAGUGCUGGGAUCAUACCACCAAGUAUAUAAACAUAAUAUUAAAAAAACCAGAUUGACCAACAACAUCAAAAUCUUGGGAUAUAACAGGAAUGGUAUUAAGGGGAAAGAAGUGAGCCCCGAAUUGAACAAGUAUGAAGACAAAUCCUGUCUCUUUAAAUUUUGAUAUGUUCAUAAAGUUUGUUCUUUUUUUACAUUUCUUGAGUUUUAAAAAUAUUGCAUCAAAAUAGUAUUUAUCGUGAUUCAUGCAUUUUAAGCACUCCUUCAGUUUUUCCCAAGGUGAAUGGAUGCCUUGUGCCUUGUUCUCAUCACCUUAGACUUGUCCCAGUUUGUGGAGUUGGAGUGACACUGGUGAAACCUGCACCAAUGAGCCCCCUCCCCUCCUGACUCUACGGACACCCUGGUGUGGGGUGGGCACUGCUCAGUCUUUCUCCCACAGCCUGUGUGGAUGCCUGCCUGGGUGGGUAGGAAGGAGACAGCUGGGCAGGGAGGGGGUUUCCUACAGAAUAAAACCAGGGAGGUUGCUCUCCAUUGACUGCUGUGUUUGGACUUGAUCUGUUACUAGAUUGUAUUUACCACUCUGUUUAAAAAAAAAAAUGAGGACAAAUGAAGAGAAACAGAAACCUUG